AUGUCCAAACGAACUGCUUCGUCAUUGACGAGUACUCUCACCACAUCCCCACCGAAGCGCGCCAAAGCAGGUUCUUCCAAGAACAAAGUUGAUACUCCAUCACCUCCGCCGACAGCGGCCAGUAUUGAAGUGGCCCGUCUGUCUUCAGAUCAUCCGGAAUGGCCAGCACCUCCCUCGAAGCUGCACGAGGCAACCGACUUCCUUCGAGCGCUCGCAGCCUCUCCAGCGUCCGAGCGUGUCCUCCUUGUCCCGGACAAAGAUGCAGACGGUCUCUGCUCCGGCGUCAUCAUGUGCCGCACGCUGGUCCAAGCUCUCCGCAUCGACCCAUCUCGCAUCGACGUCCAUCUCAUGACCAAAGGCAGCAAUCCUGCCGCCGAGGGACAGCGCGACUCGAUGUCAGAGUACGGUGCUAAAUGGAUCGUCGUUCUCGACCAGGGCUCCAGGAAUGGCCCACCCAUCGUACCGGGUGCUGAGCAUGGCUGGGAGUCGGGCCAUCCAGAAGCCGUUCGCACCAUGGUCGUGGAUCACCAUUGGCUAGCGGAAGGAUCACCGGGGCCGCAAGGAUGUCUCAUGCUCAAUGCGUGUCAUCACAAGCCUGUAGCCACCGCCUCUCUAUUGACAUGGGUGCUCUGCCGUCCGUUAUGGUCCGGGGCCCAGCAGCAGCUCGCACAAGAUCAAAUCGACUACGUCGCAGUACUCGGCACAAUGGGCGACCUGAGCGUCAAUGUCGAGUGGGAUCCACCAUUCCCAGAUCUCGUACCAGAAGUGAAAAAGUGGACAAAGAAGCGACUCGGCUCUGCCAUUGCUCUGCUCAACGCGCCUCGUCGAACACCCGACUUCGACGUCAUCACCGCCUGGUCUGCGCUACUCGCCUCGACCUCUCCGCUCACCAUCCUCGAUCCCGCCACCAACAAGCACGCUUUACGGCUGUACGAGGCCCGCGAUGCCGUGGGGCUCGAGACCGAGCGCUGCACACACACCCCGCCCAAAUUUUCCAAAGACGGCCGCGUAGCGCUCCUCCGCAUCACCUCGGCAUACCAGGUCCAUCCGUCCAUCGCAACUCGCUGGACCGGCGCGCUGAAGAGCAAGAACCUCCAAGUGGUCAUGUGCGCCAACGACGGCUACAACCCCGGCCUCGUCAAUUUCAGCUGCCGCAUCGCCCAGGUGGCCAAAAAGCGCGGCGAGGAGGUCAACAUCAUCGAGGUGCUCAAUAGCUACGCCGACACGGACCCGGAGUGGAAGAAGGAGGUGAUGCAGGCCGUCGGAGGCAAUGCGUUCAAUGGGCAUCCCCAGGCAAGCGGCGGCAUCUUUCCUAACGAGCAUUGGGACAAGUUUUAUGAUCUGAUGCAGAUCGGCGUCCCGCCGGAUGGCUCGAUCAAGGAAAGCGUUUCAAAAGGCAAGAAGCUGCCAACGCAGAAGAACAACUUGUUGGCAAUGGGCUUUUCAACAAGUCCAAAGAAGAAACGGGAGACCACAACGUCAUGA